GUCAACAUAAAAUAUUUUAACCUUAAAAAUACAUGAUUUGUUAGGAUUUAAUAAUAAUAAAAUGAAUCGACUGGUUUAUCUAACCAGGUGUGUUAAUAAUUCCAUAAGAACCACUUAUGUUUUAUGCCGGGAACCAACUAGACAUAAACCUAAAAUUAUACAAAAUUUUCAUUUUCGAAGUAUUCACGAACAAAAAAGAAAUAAUCGGUCAACUCUUAACUAUAUGAUUGCUAUCGGUGUUACGACUGUAGGCUUAAGUUAUGCUGCAGUACCAUUAUACAGAAUAUUUUGUCAAGCUUACAGCUAUGGUGGCACCACAGGCCAUUCAGAAGCAAAUGAUACAAUUAGCAAUAUGAAAGCAAUAGAAUCAAGACCUAUUAAAAUAAGGUUUAAUGCAGAUGUUGCUUCCUCUAUGCAGUGGAAUUUCAAACCGCAGCAGAUAGAUAUCACUGUGGUGCCAGGAGAGACCGCCCUAGCAUUCUACACAGCUCGCAACCCCACAAAUAAGCCUGUCACAGGUAUCAGCACAUAUAAUGUGAUACCAUUUGAAGCAGGUCAAUACUUCAACAAGAUACAGUGCUUCUGUUUUGAGGAACAACAACUCAACCCACAUGAACAGGUGGACAUGCCGGUGUUCUUCUAUAUUGAUCCUGAAUUCACAGAGGAUCCAAAGAUGGAAUUUGUGGAUGAAAUUAUACUUUCAUACACAUUCUUUGAGGCUAAGGAGGGCAUGAAACUACCUGUACCUUCUUAUGUGAAAUAAUAUUUCGAUUGUGGUGUAUUUAGAAACCAGAAC